AUGCCGGUGCGACAGAGCUGGGUGGCUGCAAUCGCCACGGGAGCAUUUGUGUUUGGGGUGUGCCUUGGCGUGAUCUUUUUCUCGCUCGUGUACCAGCACCAACACCACAAGCUCCACCAGCACCACAUGCAAAGCAGAAGCGACUUGAACCUUGACAAUUAUCACACAGCUUGGACCAACACACAACAACAACAACAACAACAGCAACGAGGCAGCCAACGACAGAGCGGCAGGAACAACCACCCUCCACCGCUGGGGCCUGAAGCAAGCACUGUUGCUGCAGCUGAUUUGGAAGUGACAUGGCCAGACGCUGCUGCGAGUGCCGUGAAUCGCAGACCCAGUCCAGCUCGCCGUCGGUCUGGCAAGCGCACACGCACCAAGCACCCGAAUGCCGCAGUGCCACCAGCACGGACAAGCAAAGUCACCCACCACCGCGACGCCAAUGACCAUGCCAACAACAACAACAACAGCAGCAACAACAACGAUGCCACGAAGGUCAACAGUAACACGCACUCGUUCCCUUUUUGGCACACGGCGCUUUCCAAGAAGGAGCGGCAUGAGAGGUUGCGGGAGCUGCAGGCCCGCGUACUGCAGCGCCUGCAUGACACGCAGUUUGGGGACAGCAGCAACAUCAUGGUGUGCGAGAUGAUGGCCGGAUGCGGGUUCGGCUGCCUCAUGCACCGCGUCGCAGUGUGCUUGAACCGGGCAUUGGAGACAAAUCGGACCAUGUACAUGCCAAGGAUGAUUGGCACCUACCGCACAGACGGCCCCGACUGCAGCGGCUGGGACUGCUUGUUUGAGCCCGUGCGCCGGCCCAUCACCCUGCACCAAUCCAAGGACGAUCUCGCAAUGCAACGCGUGCGGCGCUCGGCCGACGACCGUUCGUUGGGACCCUCAAUGCACGGCAUCAACUCCACUGUGGCGACGUUUCGGCUAUCCCCGGUCCUGUCCUCAAAGGAGGCCUUUGAUCACCCCUUGCCAGCGUUCAUCCGGGACGAGGUGGAGGCCCUGUUCCUGCGCAAGCGCGAUGCCCGCUUGUGGUAUGUUGGGCAGCUGAUUGGCUGGCUGAUGCGCCCAAACGCGCGCAUGAAGGCCAUACUGCAGCGAAAGCUGGCCGACUUGCAGCUGUCCCUCCCCGUUGACUUUGCCGUGCACAUUCGCAUGACGGACAAGCUGAAGAAGGAGGCAAAGCUGCAUUGCUGGCGCGAGUACUUUUUGCACGUGGACCACUUUCUCUUCAGCGACAGCCAGUACUGGCACACCAUGCACUCGUACACGCCCAACACCACCGCCUUUGUGGCUACAGAUGACCCCUCCAUCUUUGCAGAGGGCGACCGCAACUCCCUCAGCACAUGGCGCCACAACCGCAUUGUCUGGAAUCCAGAAGGCGCUAGCCUUGCGACGAAAAUGUCUACCCGUGUCUCGCUCGAAUCCCUGGAGAACCUUCUGUGCGAAAUUUACAUCAUGGCCUCUGCUCGCUUCCUCGUCGGCACCUUCUCCUCCCAGGUCGUGUCUCGCGUUGUCGCUGAGCUGAAAAUGUUCAACGGAGACUUUGAUGUGUUGGAGCGCACCGCUUCCCUGGACGAUCAGUGGUAUGGCGUUAUCUGA